AUGUCUAAAUAUGUUAAGGCUGCCCAGCAGUCAUUUCAGAUGACAAAGAAUCGCAAGGUUCCGCACAGGAACUACUUUUUACAUUUUUCAAAAUAUAACUCCAUCCCUAAACCAUUGACUGAGAAAAAACAACCUAGAAAAGUCGAUUUGGCAAAAUGUUUGAAUAUGCAAGUAGGAGAUUUGGUUCAGGUAUUACAUGGUCAGGAUAAAGAUCGCCAGGGUGUAAUCUUAAAGAUAUUCCAUAAAAAGAACCAAGUUAUUGUUGAAAAUUGUAACAUGCGUGAAACCUUUUGGAAUCCUGUAUUCGAUGGUAAAAAGCCAACACUUAUCACACAAGAAAUGCCCAUUCAUGUGACCAACAUUUCCUUAGUAGACCCAGUCAUGAAAAAACCUACAAUAGUUAAAAGGAGAUAUAUGAUGAACGGAGAAUGUGUAAGGAUCUGUAAACUCUCAGGGUCUUCACUUCCAGAACCCGUUAAAGUUACAUGGAGACAGUACAGAAGGCCGCCAAAACGACAAGCUCCGUUUAAGGAUAUUUAUGUUCACAAAGAUUAUGAAAAUUUUAACCUUUUGACCAAAUUCGCAAAUUUUAUAAGGGAGAAGAAGGUGGUGGGAAUAUUGAGUGACAAGAAGCUUUGA